AUGGCGCCAGUGACGUACAUGGGUGAUGGUCAUUCUCAUGCAGCCGUCACAACAGACAGCGUCACAACAGAUCAUCACAACAGAGCGUCACAACAACGUCACAACAGACAGCACCACAGCAUACAGCACCAAAACAGACAGCACCACAACAGACAGCACCACAACAGACAGCGCUACAAGAGACAGCACCACAACAGACAGCACCACAACAAACAGUACCACAACAGACAGCACCAAAACAGACAGCGCCACAACAUACAGCGCUACAAGAGACAGCACCACAACAGACAGCAUCACAACAGACAGCACCAAAACAGACAGCACCACAACAUACAGCGCUACAAGAGACAGCACCACAACAGACAGCAUCACAACAGACAGCACCAAAACAGACAGCACCACAACAGACAGCGCUACAAGAGACAGCACCACAACAGACAGCAUCACAACAGACAGCACCAAAACAGACAACGCCACGACAGACAGCACCAAAACAGACAACGCCACGACAGACAGCACCAAAACAGACAGCACCACAACAGACAGCGCUACAAGAGACAGCACCACAACAGACAGCAUCACAACAGACAGCACCAAAACAGACAGCACCACAACAGACAGCGCUACAAGAGACAGCACCACAACGGACAGCACCACAACAGACAGCACCAAAACAGACAACGCCACGACAGACAGCACCAAAACAGACAGCACCACAACAGACAGCGCUACAAGAGACAGCACCACAACAGACAGCAUCACAACAGACAGCACCAAAACAGACAGCACCACAACAGACAGCGCUACAAGAGACAGCACCACAACAGACAGCAUCACAACAGACAGCAUCACAACAGACAGCACCAAAACAGACAGCACCACAACAGACAGCGCUACAAGAGACAGCACCACAACAGACAGCACCACAACAGACAGCAUCACAACAGACAGCACCAAAACAAACAACGCCACGACAGACAGCACCAAAACAGACAGCACCACAACAAACAGCACCACAACAGACAGCACCACAACAGACAGCACCACAACAGACAGCAUCACAACAGACAGCAUCACAACAGACAGCACCACAACAGACAGCACCACAACAGACAGCACCAAAACAGACAACGCCACGACAGACAGCACCAAAACAGACAGCACCACAACAGACAGCACCACAACAGACAGCACCACAACAGACAGCGCUACAAGAGACAGCACCACAACAGACAGCAUCACAACAGACAGCACCAAAACAGACAGCACCAAAACAGACAGCACCACAACAGACAGCACCACAACAGACAGCACCAAAACAGACAGCGCCACGACAGACAGCACCAAAACAGACAGCACCACAACAGACAGCACCAAAACAGACAGCACCACAACAGACAGCACCAAAACAGACAGCACCACAAUAGACAGCACCACAAUAGACAGCACCACAAUAGACAGCACCAAAACAAAGAGCACCACAAUAGACAGCACCACAACAGACAGCGCAACAGCACCACAACAGACAGCACCAAAACAGACAGCACCACAACAGACAGCACCAAAACAGACAGCACCACAACAGACAGCACCACAACAGACAGCACCACAACAGACAGCACCAAAACAGACAGCACCACAAUAGACAGCACCACAAUAGACAGCACCACAAUAGACAGCACCAAAACAAAGAGCACCACAAUAGACAGCACCACAACAGACAGCACCAAAACAGACAGCACCAAAACAGACAGCGCCACGACAGACAGCACCAAAACAGACAGCACCAAAACAGACAGCACCACAAUAGACAGCACCACAACAGACAGCACCACAAUAGACAGCACCAAAACAAAGAGCACCACAAUAGACAGCACCACAACAGACAGCGCAACAACAGACAGCACCACAACAGACAGCGCCACAACAGACAGCGCCACAACAGACCGCCACAACAGACAACACCACAGCAGACAGCGCCACAACAGACAGCACCACAACAGACAGCACCACAACAGACAGCACCACAACAGACAGCGCUACAAGAGACAGCACCACAACAGACAGCAUCACAACAGACAGCACCAAAACAGACAGCACCAAAACAGACAGCACCACAACAGACAGCACCACAACAGACAGCACCAAAACAGACAGCGCCACGACAGACAGCACCAAAACAGACAGCACCACAACAGACAGCACCAAAACAGACAGCACCACAACAGACAGCACCAAAACAGACAGCACCACAACAGACAGCACCAAAACAGACAGCACCACAACAGACAGCACCAAAACAGACAGCACCACAAUAGACAGCACCACAAUAGACAGCACCACAAUAGACAGCACCAAAACAAAGAGCACCACAAUAGACAGCACCACAACAGACAGCGCAACAACAGACAGCACCACAACAGACAGCACCACAACAGACAGCACCAAAACAGACAGCACCACAAUAGACAGCACCACAAUAGACAGCACCACAAUAGACAGCACCAAAACAAAGAGCACCACAAUAGACAGCACCACAACAGACAGCGCAACAGCACCACAACAGACAGCACCAAAACAGACAGCACCACAACAGACAGCACCAAAACAGACAGCACCACAACAGACAGCACCACAACAGACAGCACCACAACAGACAGCACCAAAACAGACAGCACCACAAUAGACAGCACCACAAUAGACAGCACCACAAUAGACAGCACCAAAACAAAGAGCACCACAAUAGACAGCACCACAACAGACAGCACCACAACAGACAGCACCAAAACAGACAGCACCAAAACAGACAGCGCCACGACAGACAGCACCAAAACAGACAGCACCAAAACAGACAGCACCACAAUAGACAGCACCAUAACAGACAGCACCACAAUAGACAGCACCAAAACAAAGAGCACCUCAAUAGACAGCACCACAACAGACAGCGCAACAACAGACAGCACCACAACAGACAGCGCCACAACAGACAGCGCCACAACAGACCGCCACAACAGACAGCACCACAGCAGACAGCGCCACAACAGACAGCACCACAACAGACAGCGCCACAACAGACAGCGCCACAAUAGACAGCGCCACAACAGACACCGCCACAACGGGCAGCAUCACAACGGUACAAGUGCUCAGUGCAGCAGCAAAGUAAUAAGCCAGCUGUGAGGCACUGGCUGAGUCGGGGCAUGCAGAAGCAGCCUGUAGUGCUCCGUGGUGCCGCCAAAAACUGGGCACUUCUUGUCUAUCUUAGGCCCGC